GCGAUUCCACUGUGGAGCACCUGGUAGUCAGUCAUCAGCGGGACGAAAGCGUACGUACGUACAGUGAGCUGACAACACGGCAAUGCGGACGAAGAAGGGCAAAAACGAGGGGAAUAGUCCGGUUUAUAAUAGCCCAGCCGGUCGGGGCUUUAGUUGGUGUUAAGGCAAAAUUAAGCCAGGACUUCGUCUUCGAAACCUCCGACAAAAGGACCCUAGUUUGGUUUGGAAGUAGCUUCGGAGCGGAUAUUUCCCUGCAAAACCCUGAACCACAUCCGUAUUCCCAGCCCCGGUCGUAUGGAAUCGUCUGCUCUAAGAAUGAUCGCUUGAAUAUUUUUAUACUGUAUCCUUUUUUUCCCCCCCAUCACCGCUUCCCAUUUUUACAGACUCGCUAUGGUGGACUCCCCUACCAUGAGGAAGACUUUUGUGGUCCCAGACAUAAAAUCAUCGGAUUUGUAUGAUUGUACUAAAUCAAAAAUAUGCGCAAGUGUCGGAUGGCUGCUGGCAAAGUCCUACGGCAGCACAGAAAAUGUCCCUGCAGAGCUGCGUGACCCUUUCUACUGUGACCAGUAUGAACAGGAGCACCUUAAACCCCCAGUAACACGCCUCCUGCAGUCAUCAGAGCUCUACUGUCGCACUUACAGCAUAUUACUGGGUAGUACUGCAACUGAGGCUCAGCCAAAAGAUAAUGUCACCCUGCUGCAGCUUCUAACUCAGAGAGGCAUAGUUGCCAAAGACCAGGACACAACAGUGACUGAUGCUGACCUCCAACAUAAACCCAUCAAAAUGAGUGCUCAUCUGGCAGUGAUAGAUGCCUUGAUGGCUGUGGGAGCCAUGGAGACGGUGACUGCGGUGAAGACAUGUAGUUCUGCUGAGCUCCUGGGAAAAGCAGCCAGCUGGGAAGAUGCUCUGCUUCACUGGGUUAAUGAGUUGAACCAGAAUCUGAGAGAACGUACUGAAGGAGCCCAGAAUGACUUGUCUGAGACCAUUACAGACCCCCAACCUGUUCAACCAUCAUGUCCUACUCGCUGGUACUGGAAACUUGUUCCUCUCCGCUAUAGGAAGGAUAAAAUUCAGUCCAAACUAAAGCCCGUUUUUCCAGUAGUGAAUGAAGUUAAAGACCUGUCCAGUGGAUGUGCUGUUGCUGCCGUCAUACAUUACUAUUGCCCUGGCCUGCUGAGACUUGAAGAUGUUUGUAUGAAGGAUUCCAUGUCUGUAGCAGAUAACCUGUACAACCUGCAAUUCAUCCGUGAAUUUUGUGACAGCUGUCUAAAGAGCUGCUGUCACUUGGCACUGGAGGACAUGCUAUAUACACCACAUGAACUUCAGAUUAACUUGCUGAGCUUCCUGUCAGAACUGCUUAGCUGGUUUGAAGUACAAAGACCAGAAUUUGUACAGCCAAUAGAUACGUUAAACGAAUCUACACCAGUAACACCAAGCAGCUUGAGUGAUAACAGUACCUCCCCCUCUAUAUUCAAGAAGCCUUUCCUCCCGAUUUCCUCUUCUGCAUCAGGAUCUUUGACUCAGUCUACCUCAAUGUCUCAUAUAGAAGGAGCUGGAAAGACAUGGAGCAAGAAACCUCUGAGCCGGCCUUUGUCAGCAGUAUCCUUCAGCAUUCCUUUUGGGCUAGACAGCGACGUAGACAUUGUGAUGGGCAACCCUGUAAUAACCCGCUCUGUGAGCUCAGAUCAGCUGAACCCAGCUGGUCAAAAUAUGGCAAGGGUGCCCUACACCCCUCCCGAAGACCUCAGUCAUUUGCUUAGCAAACCUUCUGGACCUAAUGGUCCACAGAGAGCAUCCUGGGCCACCCAGACUCCCACUGUUCCUAAGUUGGCAGAGGAGAAUGACCUUGGGACAAGUGAAACAGGAGAGCUGCCUACAAUUGAAGAGGCUCUUCAAAUUAUUCACAAUGAAAGCAAAAUGGAGCCUCGUUUACACCCUGAUGGUGCUCCUGAUGGCUUCUACCUCCACUCUCCUGAUGAUCCUGCUAGUUCUCGCUAUAAUGGCAAUUUACCACCAAUCAGCUCCUCUGCACCAACCCGCUCAGGAAUGAUGUAUCGGCCUACAGGAGAGUCCAGCGAAUCCACUCGCACUAGAAACACUUCUGAAUGUUCACGAGAUGAUGACUCGGUUUUGAGAGACGGUAGUGUGGAUUCAGAUGCAUCAGAAGACAUGCCUAAAGCCCAGUCCACCCCAUCAACACCCGGUGCUGCAGGUGGUGCUGCUAUUAGAGGUGGUAAGGAGGUUCCUGACAGUGGUGUGAAGAUGACCAGUUUUGCAGAACGGAAAAAGAAACAGAUUACUGAUUCUCCAAAAUCUAGUGAUUCUCCUCAGAUGACCACAUGGGCACAGAAGUCUGAAGAAAGCCCCAGCAAGAGCCCACAGCUGAAUAAUGAGAUGUCGGAGUUGGGGGCUCGGCUUGAAGAAAAGCGCAAAGCCAUCGAAGCUCAGAAGAAACGCAUUGAGGCCAUUUUUGCAAAGCAUAGGCAGAGACUAGGAAAGAGUGCCUUUCUGCAGUUAAAGAAAGAGCAACGUGAGGAUGAAGGUGAGGGGAGAGGAGAGGAUGGCCAGGUCAGUACCUCAUUCACAGAAGAAGACCUCUCUCGCUUGACACUUGAAGAGCGGCUAGCACGAAUCGAAUUGGAAGAGCAACAGGAACAAGAUGAAGAGCACCCCACAGUGGAAGAUGAGGGUAAUGUUAAAAGAGGACUUGCGCUCAACAAGCAGGUCAAAGAAAAGGCAGGUACACCAGGAGAGAAGCACCAUGGGACACCUGCUGAGAAAGUGGUUGCUCCUUUAGGGGACUAUAACAACGCAGUGUCCAAGCUAACUGCAGCUCUUAGCUCCCUGCAAAGUGACAUGCAACGACUGACUGAGCAGCAAAAUCAGCUAAUGAAGAAAAAAACGUCACCUUCCAAUAACAAGUCUUGGGUUAUUCCAGCCAGCCCUAAAACCUCCACCUCAGCCCCUCCUCCUGCACGCCUGUCUCGAGAAACCACUCGAGAUUUAAAUUCUGCCUCCUCUUCUCCGUCUCCAUCACGCAAAAUCACAAACCACACCGCUUCUCCUAAAUCUCCUCAUGUGCAUCGAAGAGCCCAGUCUGUACCUCCUAAAAGCCCAAAACACAGUCGUCCAUCAGACACUAAAGUCCCCUCCCUGUCGAGGGUUCUUACUCCACCUACAAAUGUAGACCGCAUCCCCCAUCUUCGUCGUGUAAAUCCCUGGCAAUCUCAAGUACAGACUUCAUCCUCAUUCUCCAUUGGUGACUCCGGUAGCCUAGAUGAGCUGCGCUCAUCAGGACCAACUCCUGUGCCAACAACUACACUGACCCCAAUACCAACUUCUACCCCAACUCCAGGUCCUGGUGCAGAUGACGGCCUGUCAGAAGUAGGCUCCAAUGAUGGACAAAGUAUAUUUAGUAUGGACCUUGAGGUCGGGUCCAAUCAUGGUCCAUUGACUAGAAAAGAAGGGGUUGCAGGAGGGGGCUACAGCUCUGGUGCUCCAUCCGAAUGUUCUUUUGAGAGUGAUGCACCUGCAGGGAUGUUGAAUGGCAAACGCAGUAGCCUGAUAGAGAUCUCACUGUCUGCCUUGGGAGGAGAUGGUGAGGAGGAUGACCAAGUGCCUGAUGCUCUCUCUGACUCAAUGAGUGACCUCACAGAGGCAGAGAAUAAAGCAGCAGUUGGUUUCUUUUUCAAGGAUGACAAAGAUCGACCGGAGGAUGAAAUGGCUCAGCGAAAAGCAGCUUUUCUUGAAAAACAGCAGAAGAGAACAGAAGAGCUGAAAAGACGAAAACUUGAGCAGGAAAAAGAAAAAGAAUCAAACAAGCCCCAGUGGAUGAUCAUUGAAGGCUGGGGGAAUAAAAAUGAGGACAGACCACAGACCCCAGGCACUCCUCCCAAAACCCCACCAGCAGAAGGCACUCCUCAACGUAGAGGAGACUUCACUAAGCAGGAAUAUGAGAGGAGACAGCAAUUGAAGAUCAUGGAAGACUUGGACAAGGUUCUGAAGCAGAAACCCACUACAGUGCGUGGUGUCAAGAAGCAGAGACCUAAGACUAUGUUCAGAGAUGACUCUGUGCUCUCUCAGAGCCCUGUCAAAGGUUUCAUGGGCACUAAGCUCAACAAGGUAUACUCCCAUUCAUCCAUGAACCUGUCCUCCAUGGCUAAUGACUCUGGCGGUAUGACUGUCAGGAAGUCGCCCAGUCGUUCACACUCUCCUGCCCGAUCACGGGGAAGGUCCCCAGGACGAAUUGGUGUUCAGAAUGGAGAGAAGGACUGGGAGACUGGCUCCGCUAUUUCCUCCCCUGCUUCUAUCCCAGAAUAUACAGGACCAAAGCUGUACAAGGAGCCUAGCUUUAAGUCCAACAAGUUCAUCAUCCAUAAUGCUAUCACUCGUUGCUGCCUGGCUGGGAAGGUCAAUGAACCACAGAAAAACAAGAUUGUAGAGGAAAUGGAGAAAAGCACAGCCAAUCACUUUCUUAUCCUCUUCAGAGAUUCCAGCUGCCAAUUCAGAGCGGUUUACACCAUGAACCCUGAAACCGAUGAGAUGGCACGGCUAACUGGCAUUGGCCCGCGAGUCAUCACACUUGAUAUGGUUGAGUCCAUUUACAAGUACAGCUCAGACCGCAAGCAGUUCACCGUCAUCCCGUCCAAAACCAUGUCCAUGAGUGUUGACGCUUUCACCAUCCCUGGCCAUUUUUGGCAAAAGCGCCCAGGAACUCCCAAAAAGCUUGGCACCCCCAAAUAAAGACUUACCCAAUAUAGGUAUAGGUGCUUUUCAGGGAAUCCAUUCCCAACUUGACUUUUCAUUUCCCUUGAUUUUGGCCAGUGUGGCAGUUGAGAUUGUUAUUCAGUUAGAAUAACAGAAAACAGAUUGACUGACUUUGGACAGCUAUCCACGUGGAGCCCAAGGAUAAUCCAGUCAACACUACAUGCUAAGAGAAUGGGCCAAGCACCCACUCAAUCAGCCAAUGUGCUUAGAAUAGUUUAUCUCUGGCUUUACCUGGUCUACCUAGAUUGUAAUAUAAUGCAACUGAUUCAGGAUAACAACCCCUCCCCCGCCCGCCCUCCUUCCCUCCUCCCCUCCUCCUUCCCUCCUCCCUCCUCAUGCCUUGCCUUACCCUGCCAUGCCUGAGUCAUUUUUGCGACUCUAAGGUAAGAAAGAAAAAGAGAGAACAACCACACUGCCUUUGCCUGCAAAACAGUACUUAGGGCACGAGUAGUUCCCACCCCUCUCAGUUCUGCUUGCAUUUGCCUUUUCUACUUCUAGGGCUCACUCUUUCCACUCUGCUGAAACAAGUGUCUAAGGUCUCAGUUUUGAUUGGAGACUUCAGCUGAAAAUUGAUAGCAGGUAACACUGCUCCCAAUGAAUGUAGGGCACACACUAACCAUUCAUUCCAUUCAGGGGUGUUUUCACUGUUUGAAUCUAUUAUAGUGAGUGGUCCUUCUGCACUGGUAGUGGCUGCUGUCAUUGUCAGUGGACUUCCAGACCUAGGAAAUGCUUGUGCCACAUAGUUUUUGAACUCCAUUCAAUCUCUCAGCUGUAGACAUCUGGAUGUUUUUUUUUGUUUUUUUUUAUACCAUUUGCCAUGUUUUUGCUGGACAAAAUUAUUCACUCUUUGAGAACUAAAAGAAAAAUGAAAUUCAUGUGACUUUUUCCCUAGUAGCUCGCUUUUUUCAUUUUCAACACGUGAUGAAUUGAAAUGUUAUCUGAGCUUAUCUUGAAAAAUAAACCUGGAAACAUGAAGGAGGGCUUUAUCAUGUUUAUCUUGGAUACAGCUCUUUGUGAGAAUGAUAAUCAAUGAUAAUUUAAUAUAUACUGAAUGCUAAUUAAUUUGAUUUUUUUUGACAAUGAUUUGUAAAAAGUUGACCUUUGUAAGCUAUGAAUAAGCUAGCCUGCUGCAAAGUAUAAGUGAGAUGUAUGUUUGAGUUGCGAAUGAGUGAAUGAGAAUGAAUAGAAUUUGAAACAGUUUGUCUUGGGAUUAAUAAAUCCUUUAGGUCACUACGAGUCUUGUUUCCUAUUAUUUUAUUUCCCUGUUUAUGUGUCUUGGCAUAUAAACAGUAGGUUUUCUUGAUGAAGGAUCAUUCCGGACUGUAACAGCCCUCAUCUACCCCACACAGUCUCUAGAGACUCCAUGUGCAACUGGAGGAAUGUAAAAUGCCAAACUGCUUUUUUCUUUUUUUGCUUAUGUCCACACUUCUAAGACCUUGGAAUUGCUUGUUAUGAGGUCAAUAUCACUACAAAAACCUGUGGUGAAUUAGCCCUCUAUCUUUUUUUUUUAAUUUUAAUUUUUUUUUUUUUAGCUGUCCCGUCAACAGCUAUUGCGGUUCAGCCGUCUCUCUUUUUUUUUUUUUUUCAAACCACUGCCUGGAAGAAAUGUGUUUUUGAAUGAGAUUCCAUUACAGAUAUAAAAUAAUGUUGAACAGUGAUUAGGAAAUAAAUGAUAAAAUUGUGUGUGAGGAGUAGUGCAAAUGGAAUUGGUGGACUUUUGUAUUUAUGUGUUUGUUAAAAUUAGUAUGUGGUAGUUAACAGCCUUUUUUUUUUUUCUUGAUUCAGUGCAAUUUCACCCCUAGAAAUCCCCUUAUCAUUGAGAGGUGUAUUUAUUUGCUUUAAUUUAGAUGGUGCAUUUGAUGUUUAGUUUCAGGUUAUCCUUUUUUUUUUUUUUUUUCUAGUUUUUUUUUUUUUUUUUUUUGGUUUAGGUUAUAAGUCAUGUAUUCAUUUCAUAGAAGUUGUCAUAACAUUGGUUUUCUUUCCCUUGUUUUUGGAUCUGUGCCAGCACACUAUAAAUGUUCAUUUCAUAAACUGACUAUCCUUGGCAACUUGACCAGAUGAAUAAAAUCCAUUUUAAAUCAUCUACAUCUUGUUUUUCAUCUGCAUGUUUCUUUCCCACAUUCAUUUUUUUUUUUUUUGUAGUACUUGGAGCAGUAAUUAUUGAAAAAUAUGUUACAGGUAAAAUCGUCUGGAAAGAGGUUUCCUUGCAGUGAGUAAGAAAAUAACACCAAUAUGUCAUAAUUUUCUUAAGUACACACUGAGACUUGUGUAAAAAUGGAAAACUUUAUUGAUGCAUUUUUCUUUCCUCUUUGGACAGUUAAGCUCUUCCUGAUUACUAAAAGCAACAUGUUAGUGCUUGGUUCUCACAUUUCUCAAGAAUACUGUUAAAGAAACUGAUGAGCUAUUUGGCUAUGGUAACACUGCAGGCAAUAGACUUGGCCAAAGCAUUGCAUGGGUACGCAAAUACUUCUUUGCACUGAUGAUCUGUAAUAGAUAGCGUUUCCCUUACUUUCAACAAUCAUAAAAAGUAAUGGAAAGCUGGAUGUGGAAGGCAGAAAAGAACGUACCAACUUUACAGCAGCAUACUGUGGCCACUCUGGUACCGCAAGUGAUAUCAUCUUCUCAGCUGUGCUUGGUGUGCAGCAUCUCUGUAAGUAGAGAGUUACAGGGCAAAUCUCCUUGAAGAUGGCGCUGGUACAAA